CAAGUCUGGCGUUACGCCGCUAAUCCCGAGAGGGCAAGCCAGUGGAGACCAAUUCACGCUGAUAACCAGAGCCAGGAACUGUUAAUCGUGGGGACAUCAUUGGCAGAGACAGUCAGCCCGUGUGUCUGGGAUCCACCCUCUGCUCUCUGUAUCGGUACCGUCUGCUGGCUUGUCUGUCGCUGGUCUGCUGCGUGGUUGUCUGGGCCUGGCAUCGCCCUAGUUGAUAGUUGCCUCGUAUGUACCUUCGGUGUACCUUUGUCCUCGGACCCCCUUAUCUACUUCCUCAGUAAUUCCCGGUUAGCUCUCUACCCGCCACUACUGCCACUACCAACGGUGUAUAACGACUCAACUCAACCUUCGGAGGCAAUUUCGAACUUCCCAACCACUUCACCUCUCCUAACAACCUCUUAUUUUCACCAACUUCGCUUCCCCAGUGUUGUUGUGGUUUCUUUGCUUAUCGACAAUUGCCUAUCUGCACUCCAUCGGUUAUCUCCGGCUUAUCCAACUCCCUCCAAGUUGCGAGAUCAAUUCCCUCAAUGCAUGCCCGAGUUUAAAGCAUCCAAAGUCACUGCUCUAGCUCCGCCAGUCUGA